GUGGACGGAUAGAAACGAGCAGAACGAGGAGCGGUGCAUAGAGGGACGACAAGAUGCCGCACAACUUCCGGCCCGGGGAUCUUGUCUUCGCUAAAAUGAAGGGUUACCCUCACUGGCCGGCCCGGAUUGAAGAUGUUGCAGACGGGGCUGUCAAACCACCUCCUAAUAAGAUCCCCAUUUUCUUCUUUGGGACUCAUGAAACAGCAUUCCUUGCACCCAAAGACCUUUUUGCAUAUGAAAAAAACCAGGAACGCUUUGGGAAACCCAACAAAAGGAAAGGGUUCAACGAAGGCUUAUGGGAAAUCCAAAACAACCCCCAUGCCUCCUAUAACACCCCUGCUGCUGCAUCAUCAUCGGACAGUGAGGACAACCAACCUGCUGCUGCAAGUGAUGCGGAGGAAGAAGAGGAAGCAGUGGUACCAAGAAAAGCCGAAACGGGAAGCGAUGAUUCUGACUCCGGGAGUGAGGAUCAAAAGAAGCCCGCAGUGAAGCGGAAAGCUCCUGCUCUAAAGCGGCCACCAGUGAAGAAAGCACGGGCAUCAUCCAGUGAUCGAGAUGGAGAGGAGAGUGGAUCUCCCUCAGAACCAGAACCGUCACCCAGCUCAGACUCGGACUCCGGCAAAAACAGUGACCAGGACUUCACACCACAGAAAGAGUCAGGCGGUCGAGGAGGCAAAAAGCCAGCUGGCAGGGGCAGGAGGAAGAAGGCGUCUUCUGGCUCUGAUUCAGACUCUGGGUCUCAGUCGGAUCAGAAGGCUGCCAGGAGCGAUUCAGAAGAUGAAAAGCCACGACCAGCUGCUUCCGGAUCUGAAUCGCAGUCUGGAUCCAAAUCGGACUCCGAUUCAGAGCCUCCUCCUCCUCCUCCCCCUACAAGAAAAGCCCCACAAGGACGCAAGAAAGCGGAGAAACCACCACCAAAGCCACGGGCAAGGAAACCCAAACCAGCUCCAGAACGAGCUCCUUCCUCAUCAUCAGAUAGCGAUAGUGACAGCGACACAGACCGCGUCAGUGAGUGGAAGAAGAGAGACGAGGAGCGGAGGAAGGAGCUGGAAGAGCGGAGAAAGAGAGAGGAGGCCGAAGAGCUCCGCCGGCUCCGGGAGCGAGAGAAAGAGGAGGAAGAAAAAAGGAAAAAAGACAAAGAGACCAAGGUGAGGAGAGGAAGCAGCAGCAGUGGUAGCAGCUCCUCGGACGAUGAAGUAGACGAUCAUCCUCUCAAAAAAUCUAAGAAACCUCCGCCUCCACCCAUCCCUGCACCGUCUGACUCGGACUCGCCACCCCCCUCAGAGCUGAAAAAGAAAAAAGAAAGCCAAAAAGGGCGGCAAAAGAAAGAGAAGGAGGUGAAGGAGAAAAAAGAGAGACCGGUCAAAGAGAAGAAGCCACAGAGAUCAGAGGAGAAACACAAAGCAAAGCCUAAAGCCGAGAAGCCGAAACGGAAGCCGGUGCGUCCACCUGAGAAGAAAGUAGAGAAGAAAAAAGAGCCCUCGCCAGAAGAGAAGUUACAGAAGCUCCACACAGACAUCAAGUUUGCACUAAAAGUUGACAACCCGGACAUUGAGAAGUGUCUACAAGCCUUGGAUGAGCUCAGCUCGGUACAAGUGACCACUCACAUCUUGCAGAAGAAUGCUGAUGUUAUUGCCACCCUCAAAAAGAUUCGUCGGUACAAAGCCAGCAAUGCAGUCAUGGAGAAGGCCACCGCAGUCUAUAAUAAACUAAAGCUUCAGUUCAUUGGCAAAAUUGAGACUGGUAAACCAAAACCCAAUGAAAAGAAUCAAGAAGAGCAAGACGCACAAAACACAGACGAUUCCAAACCAGUGAAUGGAGAAUCCGAAGGAGAGAGAAAAGACGUUUCUGAAUCUGAAAGCAAUUCCAAACCCACAGACCAAGACAACCCGGAUGAGAACAAAUCCCCAAAUGGCAUCAGGCCUGAUCCAGAUGAGCCAGCAGAUCAGCUAAAUGACUCUACAGAGGCGGAUCCCACAGCGGACACAGAUGUAAAAGAGGACAGCAGAGAGCAGGACGAGCAGAUGUCGUCUGAGAGCUAACUGCGCUCGCCUCCUUUUAUGCUCACAAACACACCUUGGCUUCCUUC